AUGUCUAACCCCCAAUCAACAACCACAGGCAUCUCCCUCCAAGACCUAAACACAAACCUAGAAGAAAGACCCAUCCGAACAACCCAAAAUGACCUAUCAACACCCCCCUCCGAAACAGACAUAAUGCAACAAUCCCUAAUAGCAGACUCCCAAGUCCCCGACGGCGGUGAAGCCUGGGUCGUCAUAUCAGGUUGCGCGGUCGUAACAUGGUGGUUCAUCGGAACAUCUUACUGCUGGGGCAUUCUCCAAGCCGCGCUUGUAAAAGAAGGCGUAUCGUCAUCUUCAACGCUGGCGUUCGUCGGUUCGCUUGCAACGGCAUGUAUCUCCUUCUUGGGGAUUCUGAAUGCGCGUGUCAUCCGUAAACUCGGGACGCGGAUGUCGGCCAUGACUGGCGUGUUCUUUUUGGGGCUUGGAGAAGUGCUGAGUGGGUUCUCUGCUAUGAAUAUUGGGGGACUGUUUGCUACGGCUGGGAUUGUUAUGGGGAUUGGUAUUAGUCUCUGCUUCAUGGUCGUCUCCGUCACACCAGCGCAGUAUUUCCGAAAGAAGCGCGGAAUCGCGAAUGGCAUCGUCUAUGCGGCGGGCGGACUUGGCGGUGCUGUGAUUAGCUUCGUGAUGAAUGCGCUGCUCGAGCGCGUGGGCGUGCAGUGGACGUUCCGGAUUAUCGGUUUUGCUACUUGGGCUACGGGCUUGCCGGCUGCGUAUUUGAUCAAGCAGCGGGUUCCAAUUCCGCCUUCGGCUGUUGUGGAUUGGCGUCUAUUCCGCGACAUCCGCUUCGUCCUCCUCUUCGCAAUGGGCGCAAUCGCCACAUUCCCCCUCCUAGUCCCACCCUUCUUCCUACCUCUCUUCACAGCUUCGCUGGGAAUGUCAUCCGGCACGGGAGCGGGUAUCGUCGCCGCAUUCAAUUUCUCCUCUGCGCUGGGGAGAUUACUUUGCGGGCUCUGCAGCGAUCUCGUCGGACCGCUGAAUACGCUAUUCAUUUCUCUUCUACUGAGCGCGCUGAGCAUGCUGAUUAUCUGGCCUAUCUCGACUUCACUGGGGCCGUUGGUCGUCUUUGUUAUCGUCAAUGGUAUGGCGAAUGGGGGCUUCUUUUCGACUAUGCCUACUGUUGUUGGAAAUACUUUUGGCUCAGCCAGGGUGUCUGUUGUUAUGGGGAUGGUUGUCACGGGCUGGGCUGGGGGUUAUUUGCUUGGUGCCCCCAUUGCUGGGUUUAUCCUCGAUGCUGCUGGCGGGGAGAGUAAGGGGAUUACCGGUUACCGUCCAGCUAUUGUCUAUGCUGGUGUUAUGGCUCUUGUUGCUUCUAUCAUUGGGCUUUCUAUUCGGCUGAAGACUGACAAGCAACUGCUCAAGAAGCUCUAG